AUGCCUGAGGUCACAGGACGUGCCCGGUCCAUUCCAGGCAUGACCUGCCAGUCUUGCGUGCGCAACAUCGAGACGACGGUCGGCGACAACGCCGGCAUCCACUCCAUCGUCGUCUCGCUGCCGGACGAGAGCGCCACCGUGACCUUCGACCCGCAGCUGACCUCACCGCAAGGCAUCUGUGACAUGAUCGACGACAUGGGCUUCGACGCGUCGCUGCCGGCGGCGGCCGGCGGCGGCGGCGACGGCGCGGGCGACGGAGCCUCGCGCACAGUCGUGCUCGACAUCGGCGGCAUGACGUGCCAGUCGUGUGUGCGCAACAUCGAGGCGACGGUCGGCGGCCGGCCGGGCGUGCGCGCCGUGCGCGUUGACCUGGCGGCGGCGCGCGGCUGGCUGGAGGUGGCGCCCGAGCUCGCCGACCAGCAGCUGAUCGACUGGGUGGAGGAGAUGGGCUUCGAGGCGCGCCUGGCCGCCGAGCUGCAGUGCCGCCUGGCCAUCGAGAACAUGAGCUGCCAGUCGUGCGUGCGGAACAUCGAGGGCAAGGUGGCCGCCCAGCCGGGGGUGCUCGGCGUCAAGGUGGACCUGGAGGCCAAGGAGGGCGUCAUCACCUACAACCCGCAGGUCACUUCUCCCGGCACGCUGGAGGACUUCGUCAACGGCAUCGGGAAGUUCAGGGCCGCCGUGAAGCCACCGUCGGAUGGAUCUUCCACAGGACCCGCGCAGGACAAGCCGGACGGCCGGUCGGACUCGCCGCCGCGGCAGGCGCCGCUCUCGGCCCGCGCGCCGGGCGAGUCGCCGCGCUCGCCGCCGAAGCCGCCGCGCUCGCCGCAGAGCGCCACCCGUAGCCCGGAGAAGACGCCCGUCAGUCCAGGGAAGUCAACACGCUCGGCGGCCGACGAGCUGGAGACGUGCACCGUCUCCAUCCGCGGCAUGACGUGCGCCAGCUGCGUCAGCGCCAUCGAGAAGCACAUGAACAAGGUGGACGGUGUGGAAUCGAUCCUGGUGGCGCUGCUGGCUGGCAAAGCCGAGGUGCAGUACGACCCGGCCGUGCUGCUGCCCUCGCAGGUGGCCGGCCUCAUCUCCGACAUUGGCUUCCCGGCCCAGCUGCUGGAGAACCACAGCCCGGAGGGCACGCUCGACCUCGAGAUCCGCGGGAUGACCUGCGCCUCGUGCGUGCACACGAUCGAGACGAACGUGGUGCGGCGGCCGGGCGUGGUGUCCGUGUCGGUGGCGCUGGCGACGGAGCGCGGACGGGUCGUGUUCGACCCGGGCCAGACGGGGCCGCGAGACAUCAUCCAGGCGAUCGAGGACCUGGGCUUCGAGGCGGCGCUCCGCUCGGGCAAGCAGGGCAGCGCGUCGUACCUGGACCACCGCGAGGAGAUCGCCAAGUGGCGCAACUCGUUCCUGGUGUCGCUGUUCUUCGGCGUGCCGUGCAUGCUCAUCAUGGUGUUCUUCAUGGUGCGCAUGCGCCGGCUCGGCCAUGGUAGCAUGUGCUGCGUGGUGCCCGGCCUCUCCAUGGAGAACCUGCUCAUGUUCAUCCUUUCGACGCCGGUGCAGUUUAUCGGCGGCCGGCACUUCUACGUGGCGGCGGUGAAGUCGCUGCGCCACGGCGCCGCCUCCAUGGACGUGCUCAUCAUGCUGGCCACGACCGUGUCGUACGUGUACUCGGUGGCCGUGGUGGUGGCGGCCAUGCUGCUGCAGGAGUCGGCGAGCCCGCUUACCUUCUUCGACACGCCGCCGAUGCUGCUGGUGUUCGUCUCGCUGGGCCGGUGGCUCGAGCACAUUGCUAAGGGCAAGACGUCUGAGGCGCUGGCCAAGCUGAUCUCGCUGCAGCCCACUGAGGCGGUGCUGGUGACGCUGGGGGAGAACAGGGAGGUGCUCACAGAGGACAGCAUCUCCGUCGAGCUGGUGCACCGCGGCGACAUCCUCAAGGUGGUGCCCGGCGCCAAGGUGCCGGUGGACGGCCGUGUCCUCAGUGGCCACUCCCUGUGCGACGAGUCCCUCAUCACCGGCGAGUCCAUGCCCGUCGCCAAGAAGCCAGGCUCGCAGCUGAUCGGCGGCGCCAUCAACCAGAACGGCACCCUGUUGAUGACUGUGACGCACGUGGGCCAGGACACGACCUUGGCGCAGAUCGUGCAGCUGGUGGAGGAGGCGCAAACCAGCAAGGCGCCCAUCCAGCAGCUGGCCGACCGCGUGGCAGGUUACUUCAUCCCGAUCGUGGUGUCCGUCUCGGUGACGACCCUGAUCGGCUGGACCAUCGCCGGAUACGUCAACAUCCACUACAUCGACCCCCACUUCAACGGCACCUCGGUGCACGGCGAGACGCGCGACGAGGUCAUCUUCCAGUUCUCGUUCCGGUUCGCGCUGACUGUGCUGGCGAUCGCGUGUCCGUGCGCGCUGGGCCUGGCCACGCCCACCGCCGUCAUGGUGGGCACCGGCGUCGGCGCGCUCAACGGCAUCCUCAUCAAGGGCGCGGAGGCGCUGGAGAACGCGCACAAGGUGCGCAGUGUGGUCUUCGACAAGACCGGCACCAUCACGCGCGGCCUGCCGUCUCUGACCCACCUGGCGGUGUACGUGGACGAGGUCACCUGCCCGCUGGCCCGGCUGCUGGCGCUGCUCGCCUCAGCGGAGGCCAGCAGCGAGCACCCCAUCGCGCACGCGAUCGUGCGCUUCGUCAAGGAGACGCUGUCGGUGGACGCGCUGGGCACCUGCGACGGCUUCCAGGCGGUGUCCGGCUUCGGCGUCAGCUGCGUCGUCUCUAACAUCGACGUUCUGGUAGCCGCCGGCCAGAGAGCCGAGUCCGUCACCAACUUGCUGAACCAGCUCUCGCCGCCGACCGGCUACCAGUACCGGCCGGCGAGCAAGGCGGCGCUGACCCUGCACGAGGCGACGGUGGAGUUCCUGCCGGAGGUGGGCGCCGCCCGGCCGCCGGCCGACGACCUGCUCGACCUGAACGCGGCGCAGAAGCGCGAGUACAAGGUGCUGAUCGGAAACCGCGAAUGGAUGCGCCAAAACGGCAUGGAGGUGCCGGCGGCCGUCGACGCCGGCAUGCGGGACCAGGAAGAGCGCGGCCGCACCGCCAUCCUGUGCGCCGUCGACGGCGUGCUGGUGGCCAUGGUGGCCGUGGCCGACACGGUGAAGCCGGAGGCGCACCUGGCCGUGUACACGCUGAAGCGGAUGGGCCUGGACGUCGUGCUGCUGACUGGCGACAACCAGAAGACGGCGGCGGCCAUCGCGCGCCAGGCCGGCAUCUCGCGCGUCUUCGCCGAGGUCCUGCCGUCGCAUAAGGUGAAGAAGAUCCAGCAGCUGCAGUCGCUGGGCCAGCGAGUGGCCAUGGUGGGCGACGGCAUCAACGACUCGCCGGCGCUGACGCAGGCCGACGUCGGCAUCGCCAUCUCGUCUGGCACGGACGUGGCCGUCGAGGCGGCCAGCAUCGUGCUCAUGCGGAACGAUCUGCUCGACGUUAUUGCCUGUCUCGAUCUCUCGCGGAGAACAGUGAAGAGGAUAAGAAUGAACUUCGUCUUCGCCAGUAUUUAUAACCUCGUCGGUAUUCCUCUGGCGGCCGGCGUGUUCCGGCCCUGGGGUAUCGUGCUGCAGCCGUGGAUGGGCUCGGCCGCCAUGGCUCUCAGCUCGGUCUCGGUCGUCUGCUCCUCGCUGCUGCUCAAGCUGUACAAGAAGCCGACCCGCGAGAGCCUGGCCAUGGAGUACCUGAAGGCCAUGGGAGGCGCGCUCGCUGGCGCACGACUCGGCCGACAAACCGUGUCCAUCCACCGCGGCCUGGACGACAUCACCAUUAGCAUGCCGAAGACCAGCACCAGCCUCAGCAGGCUGUGGAGCGGAGUCUGCUGA